CGCUGCUUUGCUACCCGCCUUUUCUUCACGGGAUACAGUUUUCUCUGCUAUGGGGUCGUUCAACAUUAGAGAUUUAUUGACGGCUUUCAGCCCUUCUAUGGACUUCUUUGCUAUAAGCUCUGGUGAUGGUCGUAUAAAG